GCGGUACGGGUUGGUUGGGUCUACGUAGUGUGUUGAAGCCUCCAAAUCGUUUCGGUUUGUUGGCCGAAAAUGCAAUUUCCAGCUUAGAAGAUACGUCUAGGGUAAAAUUUACAGUUUGGGUUACUUCUAGGUGUAGGGUUAGAUAUUAGAUCUCAUGAGUCACUCUAGAGUUUAGGCAUAACGGUUAGGUUAUGGAGGUUAGAGGUUAAGUUUUAUGGCUAGGGAAUAUGGAACAUGUGUUUCUGGGUUAGGGUUUGAAGACCCAACAAGUAUUCCAAAAACAUAAAACAAUUUAUUUUUCAUCUUAUACACUGAUAAUAACAUUUUCUAUGUGUGAUCCGGUCUCACCCGUUUCCACGGUAAAACACGUUUGUUUCCGGUCGGAUUAAUUUAUUGGUAACACACAGGAAGUUUGUAUUCUACCACAACAAACCACCAUGUGAUAAAAUAUCUACUUAGUUACUGUACUGUAGUUACCUAGUUAUAUUUUGAAUCUGAUUUGAAACAAACGUCUUGUAAAAAAUGGACGAAGAACAAACGGGGGGCUACAGUGCGAUCUGCGGCCAGUGUGGAGAAGUCGAUUGGCGGGUGUCGGAAGAGGGCCGCUUCUACUGCAAUUCCUGUCACAAUGUCAUUGAGAGAACCAGAGAGGAGGUGGACACGAAUACGCUGAUGGUUGGUACCAGCAGAGUGUCCAGCAUCUCUAAGGGAAUCAAAGGGAAAGGAUUAGAGCGGGGCCGAGAGUGGUUUGUGUGUGAGGGGUUUCAAUUCAUCCUGAAGCACCAGGCCGAGGCCCUCCUGGCCAUGGGCGUCAGCCCCCGGUUCAAGGACGAAGUGCUGUGUCAAUUCUGGAGGAUGUACCUACAGAAGAGCCGCCAGGCCUACACAAAAAAUCCUGUGCAUGAUGGGAAAUUUAGAAUGCACUCGCAGGGCUCCCAGGAGUCAGGCUGUGAUUCUGAGUCUCCAGUGCCCAGUGAUUCAAUGAUGUCGGCCAGUGAGACGGACGGGGAUGCCAGUGGCGCUGGCUCUGGCUCAGGACGCCUCAGUGGCGACGAGGUUUCCUCUGUGUGUUCUGGUUCUAAGGAUGCCGUCUGUUACCUGACGCCACGCCAGAGGAGGAACCAGAAGCUGAUGAGCAUGCCCAAGACCCUGGCCCUGUGUCACCUGGCCUUGUUGUGGUCCAGGGAGGCCAUCACCCUGGCAGACCUGCUCAGGUUUGUGAGUCAGGGCCACAUCCCUUAUGUGAACGCCUACGAGAACUUUCCAGAAGAGAUGAAGCUUUACGGCCAAGACUCCAUCAUCUUCAGAGUGGAGUCCAUCCCCUCUCAUGGGAGAUUGCACAAGGAGGCCCGGACCCUGGCUGUGUUCCUAGGGCUCCCCCCAUUCCCCCCCGUCACACCGGACUGCCUCCUACAUCCUUCGCUACUCACCGUCCGCUACCUCACCGAAGCCAACCUGCCCGACGAGUUGCAUGAUUGGGUCUGCAGGAUCAUGAUGAUUGCUGGAUUGGCGUCUGACAUGACCUUUGAACCCAUGCGAUCCAGGUCCCCUCUUCCCCUCUACGACAUCCAGGCUGCUGCCCUCAUCAUCAUCGCCAUGAAGCUGCUUUUCAAACUAGACGACAACACUGAGUGGGAUUUAUCCAACUAUUCAGCUGACCAGAACAAGGACAACCCAGAUGGGAAUAAUUUCAGCCUGAGGAGGUGGUACAGGACCGUGCAGUCGGCCCUCACCAAGGCCACACAGACGCAAAACGACAACACAGCCAGGAAACAUUGGAAGUCUGAGAAACCUCUCUACCCCUCGAGGAAAGACAAGUCGGUCAUUCUCAAAAGGAGACGUAUUGCGGAGCAGCUUCAGUUGAGUUUCCAGAAGUUGUCUCGCUCCCCCACGGCCCCUGCCCCCUCCCCUCCCUCCAGUUUCUGUUUCCGCUGGGCGGGGGAGGGGGAAACGGGCCGGGACGGGCCCAGCCUGCACCACCAGACCCUGGACAGCAGCGUUUGUCGUAGAGGGGGGACCCUCCAGCCCUUAAACCCAGAGUACUGGCAUCCAGCACCAAGAGCCUGCAAGACCAGGGUUUCCACAAGUCACUACGCGGAGGCGGAAGCCACUCUGCCCAGGAUGUUCGUGUGGCUUUUGGACCUUUUCUCUUUUCUUCUGGGGGUGAAACCAGGCUGUGUCUAUGACCAAGUACAGAAGUUGGAGAGAUGCAUCCUAAGGAACAGCAAACAACAGCCUGGGGCAAGAACUACUCCCAGAAAGGCCCGGGCCAGUAAACCGGGCGACGGCAAACAAACAGGAAAAACUUGUUCUAGGUAGCAAGAGUGACAUCAAUGAGAGCUAACUGCUGGGAUGGUAUUGUGUGUUGUUGGGAUGUGGCUUAUAUAUUUUUUUGUCUCCUGAAACAUUAUUGAUAAGUGUUUAUGCAUUCUGUAAAAUGUUCCUCUCUGCAUUGCCGUUAAGAAAUGCCAGUGACACUUCGCCCUGCAGAAGUUUGUGAACAUGCUAUACUUACAUUAAACUGUUUUAUGUUAUUA